CCCGUGUCGAUAUAUAGUGGGAAGGGCACUGGGAAGAAAGGAAUUAUUUGCAUGCUCGUGUGUUUAUUAAUGAUGGUUAUUGCUUAAUUCUGUUUGUGAUAGUGUCACAUGUGUCGAUUUGGACAAAUACGUUAUUAUUGUUUGACAUGACUUUAGAAGACCCGUUUUACGUCGUCAAAGAUGAGGUGUUCAGAGCACUAAAUAAGACACGAGGUCUCUACCUGCGCUGGCAAGAGAUCUCCAAAGCACCUAUCCCACCCAACAGCCCAGAAGUAGAAUGGACCUCUACAGAACUAAGGAAUGCCCUCCGUAGCAUCGAGUGGGACUUAGAAGACCUGGAAGACACUAUAAGCAUCGUCGAGAAGAUUUCGUCCAAAUUUAAGAUUGACAAUAAAGAAAUUUGUGAUCGCCGCAGCUUCAUAGAAGUCACUAAACAAGAAGUAAAGGUUAUGAAAAGCAAAAUGAGUCUAAACAGGCACCGUGACAACGAUGGAACUGCCCGGGAGCCCCUCUUGGGUGAAGAAAGCCCCGUGCACUUUGGAAACACCUGGACUUCCACACCCAAGUACUCCAAGUAUUCCAAACUGGCAAACCAGACUGACAGCCCCAGCCGGUUCGACGCCUAUGACAGUGAUAUCAUGUCAAUGCAGGAGAAGAUGCUCAUGAGUCAAGAUGACCAGCUUCACGUCAUUAGCAGCUCGGUUGGUUCUCUAAAGACUGUAUCCAAGCAAAUUGGGAUCGAGUUGGACGAGCAAGCUGUGAUGUUGGAUGAUCUGAACACGGAAUUAGAAAACGCUGAUUCGAAGUUAGAUUCAACACUUAAAAAGGUCGCUAAAGUUCUUCACAUGAACAAUGAUCGGCGACAAUGGAUGGCUAUUUUCAUACUCAUCGUUGUUCUAGUCGUUAUCAUAAUAUUAUUCGUUAUCAUGUAACCAUAAUGUUUUGGUUCUAGCAACAAAAACGUAAUGCAUUUCGUAUGAAUUGGUCAUCGGCAAUGUAACUUAUCCUUACGUUCUUCUAUCAAAAUUAUUGUAAUGCUACUAGCAGAUUUUCGUAGCUUUGUUAAAUUAAGAGAAGUAAAUCUACUUAAAUCCCAAAUUUAAUUGACGAUUCGUUAACUGUACUUACGCUGAGCGGUAUGACUUUAGUAUUGACGGUGAAUGUGCUAAUUCGGUUGUACAAAAAAAUUAAUUGACGGCUCUAAAAGUACAAAUGUACAUGACAUUGUUUUCUUAAAACAAAUAUAAAAUUUGAAUUGACAAAUAAUUGAAUAUUACCUUGAAUAUUACUGAAUAUUCCAUUGUUGAACUAAAUACCUCUCCCAGCAAGAGGGUGGAUCAUCGCGCUGGGAAGACGGGCAUGAAAUGUAAAUAGUUGAUAUUGGAAAAGAGCAACUGCUGAGUUUCUUGCCGGCUUCUUCUCGGUA